AUGCGCCGUCUUUCCAGAAGUCUCGCCUUUCUGGUUAUUCCUCGCUACCGGCUCAGGAUGGCAUCUGAUUCUAGCAAAGAACACGCUGUCUUUAAAUCAGUAGCUAACGAGAAAGGAGAGUUCGUCCGCAAACCCUCGUCGUUCCGCAAUUUUGUUACAGCCGAUGGGUCGAGCGGCUUUCCGGCCGAGCCGGACCGCUAUCAUCUGUACGUUUCAUUGGCGUGUCCAUGGGCACAUCGCACGCUAAUCUACAGGAAGUUGAAAGGCCUUGAAGCUGUUCUUCCGGUUACGGUGGUGGAUUGGCUGCUACUUGACAAUGGCUGGGAGUUCACUGACAAAAAGCCAAAGUGUCAGCUAGAUCCACUUUAUGGCUUUAGGUACAUGAAGGAGCUCUACUUCAAGGCAGAGCCUACAUACGGAGGUCGAUAUACAGUUCCUGUCUUGUGGGACAAGAAAAAAGAAACUGUCUGUAACAACGAGUCUGCAGAGAUUAUUCGUAUGUUCAACACGGAAUUCAACAAGUUUUGUGCUACACCGGAACAGAAAGCUUUAGAUCUCUACCCGACAGAGCUCAGACAAAAGAUUGAUGAUCACAACAGUUGGAUUUACGAUUUGGUGAACAACGGUGUUUACAAAUGUGGAUUUGCAUCAACUCAAGCUGCAUACGACAAGAACGUUGUGCCUUUGUUUGGUGCUCUUGACAGACUUGAGGAAAUUCUGAAGUCCAAUAGGUUCUUGUGUGGUGAUCGUCUGACUGAGGCUGAUGUGAGACUCUUCACUACUCUGGUUAGAUUCGAUAUGGUUUAUGUUGGACAUUUCAAGUGCAAUAAGAAGCGGAUUGUGGAUUACCCCAAUUUGUGGGGUUAUACUCGAGACGUCUACCAGUUCUGUGGUAUUGGUGAUACUGUUGACCGUCAACACAUCGAACACCAUUAUCAGGAAAGUCAUACUCACCUCAAUCCACGUGGAAUCACUGCCAUUGGUCCUGACUUGGAUUUUACCGCCCCUCAUGGUCGAGAGAAGCUGAGUAAGCAAUCAUGAUACUUUUUCUCGUCGCAGUAGCACUGUAGACUGACGAAGUUAAGAGAUAAUAGUUAUAGUCAAUGCGAACUUUGUUGUUGUGUACGCAUUUCACUGGACUGGCAAUAUUUGAAUAAGUAGUACAAAUAUUGAUAUAAGACACAAUGACUCAUUUACAUUGUUAAUAAUACAUACUGCAGUACAAGCCAACAAGCAAGUUGCUUUGAUCUACUGUGGUUUACAU